AUGCCAGGGAAGAGCCACAAGAAGGACAGUUCGAAGAAAUCAUCAUCUCCCAGGAAUUCUGCUGUGGACCCAAUCCCUGUUACCACUGUUAAAUCUUCCGGUUAUGCCAGCGAGAACUCCUCUCCUAUUGCGCGGCCCCGACAACGUUCCAAAUCUUAUAUUAUCAAACCAUCGACCAGCAUUACUACUAAGGACGUCCCAAUUUUGAAAAGGAGCGCUACUGAAAGGCCAAGUGAACUGCGACCUAGACAGCAGUCACCGAACGUAUUCGAGUUUUUGGACAAGGACGAUUCUGAAGACGCCAGUGCCCGCUGGGCGCAGACCAUAAGGCCGAGGCAGCCAUCUACCACCUCCGCAGCAUCCCAAAGUUCUAGACGAAAGUCUAGUGCCUCUUAUAGCUUCAACUCAGAUUCAGGAGUAUCACUCAGGGGACACAGUCCGGACCGAGCUUCGUCAAUCUCCUCUACAGAAUAUCAACCAGCAACACCUCCCGAUCUCUCCCUAGAUACACUCAACUGGAAAUUUGCAGAUGAAUCUAGAACCCGCCGCCGCCUCCAUAUGGCCGGAGCGUAUACGACCGAUUCGGAAACAGUAUUGGAAAGUCCCACAUCUCCAGGCCUUGGAUAUUUUGAUUUCUCUGUCCCUGAAUCAUAUUACACUCACACGAAACACACCUUUGCUGAGCCCCCUCCAAACUCUGCUAUCCGCCCCUCGUACCCGUAUCGUCAGCCAAAUCUUGACAUGCGCAAAUUCAACAUGAGCUCCAGCAAAAUGCAAAGACGUGCUUCUGUGGAAUCAGAUCCAAAACGAGGCGAAUCGCGCGAUGUUGACCGCCCCUUACUCUAUCGCAAGUUUGAGCCAUUAAAUCAUCGCCUACUUCGUCAUCUCCAGGAAGAAAUCGCACAAAUGGAAGAGGAUCUCACAAUCCUUGACGAUGUCGAAGAGGUUCGACGAGUCGCAGUCAAUGUUAAAAAUUCCGGAAGACAGAAGCUGUUCUCAACAACAAGUCAAGACCUCCAGUCUGAGGAAUUAUCUGCGCUUCAGCAGAGGAAGUCUGAGUUGGUGGAAAAGCUUGUGCUGAAGAUCGAGCAAUAUAAUCGCGCCCUCUGCUCAUAUCAUGAGGUUUCCUACAAAUUGCCGACUGCCACAGACGACGAAGUUGAGACCUACCGUAACUGGGUUCACGAUCAUUCGUCCAAUACCAAGUCUGAUCUGAGGUUCCUCGCCCAUGACAACGACCUUAUCUUACUCGGAGAACGUCCAUCCUCCUCCCGUACUCCGAAUCCUAUAUAUUCCACUAUUGCUGCUGUUUCAGCUGCCAUCCUAUUCCCGCUGCUAGCCUUUGGUGUUAUAUCUGAGUUCUUCGGACGCAUUGCCGUGGUCUCCAUCGUUGGCGGAGCUACUGCUCUGUUCGCUUCGAAUGGACCACCUGGCAAUGAAUAUUUGAUUGAUCCAAAUGAUGGCUGGAGAUGUGCUGCAUUAUAUUUUGGCUUUAUGUCUGCCGCUGCCAUCAUUAUUUAA